AGGUAUUUCCGUCUGUUUCUUAUUAACUCUCCUUUCUUCUUUGCAUGUGUGUUGCACGUGCUACUUCUAGUAUAAAUGAAACCUUGUCCUCCCUUUGUAUUGCAUGUAUCGUUCAACAAAAUGAGGAUUCUACCUAUCAGUUUGCUAGUCAUUCUGCUAUACAUUUCUCAGUCCUCAGCAUCGUUGCCCAUUGAAAAGGAUGCAAAUCUAAUCCGCGAGACGUGCAAUCGUACUAGCUACCAUCAUCUAUGCUUCUACUCUCUCCAAUCCGAUCCCCGCAGCUACACCGCGAACAUGAGCGACCUCGCAAUGAUAUCCAUCGAGCUAGCGCGUGCCAAUGCUAUGGACACUCUGUUGUACGUCUUUGUGUUGUUGAAGAAGUCGGCCGGGGAAUUAAUGAACCGAUCCCUCAACACUUGCUAUGGCGAGUAUGAAUUAGCAAUAGAUCGCUUCAAUGAGGGAAUCGAGGAAUUCCAUUCAAAGGAAUACUCUGACAUCGGCCAACUUGUUGCAGACGCUGCAGGAAUGGCCGAAACAUGUGAGGAAGAGUUCAACUUUUAUAAUCUAAAAUCGCCGUUAACUCAGAGGAAUAGACUCUUGAGGCAGCUCAGCAACAUCGCAGCAGAUAUUGUAUGGAUUCUUCGUUAAUUUGUACUUCAUCUCUGCGGAUGUGAAUUGGGUGUAACCUAAAAGCUCUUUUGUGCACCAAGAUUUCCGUACUCAAGUAAGCAUGAUGGAUAAAGGGGAUACCAGAAAGACAUCACAGUGGUUACCACAGUGCAUUUGGUAUUACACCAAAUUCAGAUCUAUUCCUGCUUUACUAUACAGUAUCAAUGUUUAUCUAUGAAUAAAAUCAAGGGAUGGGGGUUUUC